AUCCGAUAAUACUUCGCGGCUGCGCCAUGUUGACUUCCUCCGCCGGAGGGAUGUCUCUGCUGGACGAGCUGAUUGCUUGUGUUCAUUAUCGAAUUCUGCUGUGCAUGGAUGAAGGGGCCCUCUCGAGCAUGGGCUCCUGCAGCCAUUCCUUACACCAAAUCGCCCGCUCGCAGGCGCUGUGGCAGCGCUUGGCCAUGUGCCGCGAUCGCCUGGCCGCCGCGCGGUUCUUGGGCAGCUUUAGCCCCGAUGCCCGGCGGCCUGUGGUGACCACCGAAGGCCCCAGUCCUUAUCUCCCUUGCUCCCGCUUCGUGCCGAGCUCCAUGCACAGCGGGGCUUCCGGCGCGUUGAACGGCGAGGGCACCAUUGAUUGGAGAGAUGUGUGCCGCCAUUUGAACAAGUGCAUGGCCGAAAGACCCUGGGAAGAGGUGCCAGAAGCUUCGAACGGACGCAGCGCCGCCCUGUGGACCGACUUGACCGACGACGGGAACGGCGCAGACGACGGCGCCCCGAACGAGCCGCCGCCGACGGGAGCGACGCUGCUGGGGUCGCAGUCGCCGCACGUGUUUUGGAUCGGCGGCGACCGGCUCCUGGGUCUUGCGGGCGGCUAUUCACCGGACGUGGUCGGCGGAUCUGCCAUUCACCCGUUGAGGGAGAUCUAUUUGAUGGAUCUUCCUGACAUCUCUGACUCACACGCGACGCUCACACGGCCGGACCUCUCUGUGAAGAAGCUUGAUUGUGGCACGGCCAAUGGCAGGUUGCCGCACGGGCACCCCUCGGUGAACGGCUGCGCAUGCGACUUCGAUGCCUUGCGCUCCACGAUCUUCUUCUUCGGCGGCGGUACGCCGCAUGCAGAGGUCUACCACGCCACCAGCGCUUUGCGCUUGGAGGGCUGGGACGGGGCGAACCCCACGGCCCAGUGGCAGGUGGUGUCCUCGCCCGGCAGCAUCGAAAGUGACGAGAUCCCUUUGGCUCGACAGGGGGUCAAGGGAACGGUGUACUGUGAUGAGUUUGUGAUCUUCGGAGGGCGCUUGCAGGGCGGCCGCUGCACGAACGACGUUUGGUCCUUGAACUUGGAGGGUGAUUCCUUCUCCUCACCUCCGACCUUACCCUGGAGGCGCCUCGACUGUGAUGGUCAAGCGCCCUCACCUCGUGUUUGGCACAGCGCGUGCCAAGCAGUUCACGGCCAAUGGUUCAUCUACGGCGGGAGCACUUGGCAGUUCGAGGAGCCCGCCGAACCUCAUGACUUCAGAUCGCUCUUUGUGCUACACAUUGCGGAGAGGCGAUGGUCUUCCUUAGCUGCUGCCUCACCCACACGGCCUCCGUGGGCAGUGGCCGCAUGCCUCCUUCCGCUUGGAUGUUGUCAGCUCUUGCUGCUCGGUGGGACCUUGCCCCACAAGCUUGGAGCGACGGGACUCAAUGCUCAUUCCUUGCGGCACUGGCGAUCAUGGUACAAUCGUUUGGAUGAACCAUGGGUCUUCGACCUGCGCUCGGGCGAGUGGACGCCCCGCGGUGCUGCCGUGGCGCUCCCGUCGGACGCCGAGGACCGAGAACAGCACGUCGCAGAGGUCUACUUGCGCAGCCACUUCGCGGCAGUCUUCGUGCCGUCGCGACGGAGCGCCCUGGUCCUGGGAGGCUCCAGGUACUUCACAGGUGAAUACUUCAACGAUCUGCUCGAGUUGCAGCUCCCUUCGAGCACGUCGUCGCGAGCGAGGAGGUGCGGCUCUUCGGUGCUGGGGCGCGGCCGCCAGGAGAGCCAGCAUCCUUUGUGUGGCCCAUUCCAGGCGCCGAACGGACUGCCUCGCCAUCUCCAAGUGGCCGACGGCCGCGAAGCCUCGCUGACACGGGGCUUCGUGGGGCGUCUGCGGGGGAUGCUGCAGGAGGGCAUCAUCAGCCAGGACGAUGGGAAGACCAGCGCGGGGGCGAAGCGAAAUCGCGCGUCGCGCGAGAUGAGGAUGAGGAUGAGGAUGAUGAGAGUCACAUAGAGUCACAUAGAGUCACUGGUGGUUGAAGGAAGGUGCAGAAGGGUGGGAUCUCACAUGAUCUCACAUGUUGUUGGAGAAUAGGGGCAGGGGGCAGCGUUUUUAGGUUAGUUCCUUGUAAUCUUUGUAUUGUCCCAGCUGCCGAUGACAGACUAUUUUAUAUUUUUCCUGGAUCCCAAGUUCAGGGCAUAUAAGCAUGAAGAGCUGGGCACUUCUGUCAUGCGCAACAGGCUGUAAUACACAUAAACCCUUGAAUAGGUUUUGGCUGCAGUGUCGCUAGGCUAAGCUGGACAACCAUGGCUGGUCUGGUUUACAAACGGUCCAUGUCAGAGAGGUCUGCGAACUUGCAGUGAAGAGCGUUCGGCCUUUUCAUUGCUGUUCUGUUGGCCAGCAUGGACGACGGUUGCACUGCCAAACCAGUGCAGUAGGGGUGGCUGUCCAAUCACCUGACCCAGUGGAGUUAAAACCAUGCGCUACUUAGCGAUGGUCGAUUUAGAUUCAUUUAGAUUCUGGUUCAGGCAUUCUCGCAAGGUAUGUCUAAAGGGGUGCAAAUUUCACUGCUCAAAUUCUUCAAGUAUAGGUACAUUCUUCAAGUAUAGUUACAUUCUUACAUAAAUGCUCUUCUUGCAACUUGCACAUUUCAGCCGGUACUUCAUAGGUUCAUGGGUCGCAAAUUCUUUUAUAUACUUGACUCAGUACUUGACUCAAGGGCAAAUCAGGCACCUCAAAGGCACUUCAAGGCAUCACAGGAAGCAAUCAGAGGCAUUAUUCUGGAUCACCUUAGAAAUAACAAUAUUAAAUAAUGCAUUUCAAGAAGUCUGUCGAUAAACUCCCUGGCAAGCCGACAUUUGCAGAGCGCGUGGCGGAUUGAACGUGACUCAAUUUGACCAUGCCGCAGAUCUUGUGUACAAUAUUGUGAUUGGAUGGUGGGGAAAUUGCUCGUCAAGCUGCAACCCCCGACUCUUUAGAGAAGCCUGUGAUGUCCAUGUUUGCGGCCCUGCUCUAUUCACUGCGUGGUGAAGCGUGGAUGUGGUCCUCGACUCGACUUCUCCCUAUCCUAUCAGCCCUCAAGGACAAGAUCGGCGACUUCGACGUGUUCGAAUUCGAUGGGGGUUGAUCCAACCUACCAGCUAAGUAAUCUCACCACCUGGGAGCCUGUUCGUCUCGACUCCCAGGUGCUCAGAUCACUCAGCUUAUCAUAGCCUGCUGACCCUGACCCAGGCCCAGAUGGCUUGCACUGAUAUUCAUAGCGCAAGUAAACCUUUUCGCUUUUGCCAGUUGGUCGCUGUCAGCCGGACUGUUUGACUGUUUGUUGUCACAAGGCCCCAAGGCUCUUGGUUUGCACCUGGUCGGACGUGCGCAUGUCAGGAGUUCAGGUGCUUCUGUCAUUGACAAGGUUGGUGGAGAAGUUGGUGGACCGUUGAGUGUCAUUUGCCUGGCGGACUUUGGUGCGCGUAUAUUGGCCGGAAUGAUAUACAGGUUCGUUUAAUGCGCAGCGGAGUGGCAUGCUUCUCAUGGCAAAAUGCCGGGAGUGAAACCCCACGCUCAUGAAUGAAGGUUCAAGGUACAUGGCAUGAAUUGAAAUGAUGUGCUUGGACAAUGCGGAAUUGGCCAACACUUUUGUGGGACAUAAGAACUUCUGGCCUCUUAACAGAUAACAUACUUGGAUCCAGAAGCAUCUUAACCGCUUUUGAUUAGGCCCAUCAGGCAAUGUUCAAGGAGUCGUGACCAUAUGGCCAUGCCCGAAUUAGGUGUGACAUUAGACCUGGAACGCUCCAGUCCCCUCGCAGGAGCAGUUCAAUCUGAUGCGUUCGCCUGGGUGACAGCUGAGUCUCACCAAGUGAAAAACAACAUGUGGCUGUGAGGAACUUGGGAACUUCGGCGCAUCAUCUGGG